UCUGAACAAAUAAACACAACACACUGUACAAGAAGAACUUGAAGAGAGAGAGAGACAGAGAAAGAAAAAGGUUGUGAGAACACACACAAGGAAAAGAAAAGAAAACAAAGAAGAAGAACAGCAGCAGCAGCAGCAAAUAGCAAAUAAGUCUCCUUCUCUUUUCAUUUUCUGUCUUUCUGUCUCUCUCUCUCUACAGAGGAGUCUGUCUCUGUGUGUGUGUUUGGUCAUCCAAAUCAAAUACUCCUACUUUACCAAAAACUCACUCUCUCCUUUGUCUCUCUCUUGUCUCUAAUUUUCUAAUCUCAUCUUCUCUCCACUACCACUAAUCACCUCCAACCGGAAAAAGGAUACUAACCGGAAAUCGCAGAGCUCAUCACCGAAGAUUUUCAUCUCUUUAUUUAUUGCAGGUUCAUCAAAGUAAUGAAAUAUCAAGUGAUUGGAAUCUAUGUAUUGCCGGAAAUCUGACACACACUUUGAGGAGGUGGUUAUUUUCAUUCAUCGGAGUUUGAAUAAGGGGAUCAUGAUUGUGUGAAUCGGAAGAUAGAUAAGUUUAAUCAAGUGGAUUUCUAUCAAUGAUUUGGUGAAGCUUCAGGUAUCAUUUCCGGCCAUUCCAUCUGAAAAAUUUGCGGGAAUGAAGACAGCUUCACACGGUAGUGGUAGUGCUGUUUCAUCAGCUACUGCUAAUAAUAAUACCACUGAAGUUGGAGGAGAGAAAAAGAAGAAGAUCAAUUCAGAGCUAUGGCAUGCUUGUGCAGGUCCUCUAGUCACUCUACCUCCUGUUGGUAGCCUUGUUGUUUACUUCCCUCAAGGCCACAGUGAACAGGUUGCAGCAUCAAUGCAAAAGGAUGCUGAUGCUCACAUCCCUAACUACCCGAAUUUGCCCUCAAAGCUAAUAUGCCUUCUUCUGAAUGUCACAUUACAUGCUGAUGCAGAAACUGAUGAGGUAUAUGCUCAAAUGACACUUCAGCCAGUAUCUAAUUAUGACAAGGAAGCAUUACUGGCAUCAGAUCUUGCUCUAAAAUCUAAUAAACCACAACCAGACUUUUUUUGCAAAACAUUGACUGCAAGUGACACAAGCACUCAUGGAGGUUUCUCUGUACCCCGUCGUGCAGCAGAAAAGAUAUUUCCUGCUCUCGAUUUCAAUAUGCAACCACCUGCCCAAGAACUCAUUGCCAGAGAUUUGCAUGAUAAUGCAUGGACUUUCCGCCAUAUCUACCGAGGUCAGCCAAAACGCCAUUUGCUUACAACGGGAUGGAGCCUUUUUGUUAGUGGGAAGAGGCUGUUUGCUGGUGACUCUGUCUUGUUUAUCAGAGACGAAAAACAGCAGCUUCUUUUAGGUAUUAGACGAGCUAACAAGCAACCCACCAACAUAUCAUCGUCGGUGUUGUCUAGUGAUAGUAUGCACAUUGGCAUUCUAGCAGCAGCGGCGCACGCAGCUGCAAACAAUAGCCCCUUCACUGUGUUCUAUAACCCAAGGGCUAGUCCAUCAGAAUUUGUGGUUCCUUUAGCAAAGUACUACAAGGCUGUCUACAGUAACCAAGUAUCCCUUGGCAUGCGUUUCCGGAUGAUGUUUGAAACUGAAGAAUCCGGGACUAGAAGGUAUAUGGGUACAAUUACAGGCAUCAGUGAUCUAGAUCCUGUCAGGUGGAAAAACUCACAAUGGCGUAAUCUACAGGUUGGAUGGGAUGAGUCUACAGCUGGAGAAAGGCGAAAUCGUGUUUCUCUAUGGGACAUUGAACCUGUUGCAGCUCCAUUUUUCAUCUGCCCACCACCAUUCUUCAGAUCAAAGCGACCCAAGCAACCAGGAAUGCCAGAUGAUGAGUCAGAUCUGGAGAAUCUUUUCAGAAGAACGAUGCCGUGGAUGGGUGAUGAUUUAUGCAUGAAGGACCCUAUGGCCCAAGAUGGUGUAAUCCCUGGGUUUAGCUUAGCACAAUUGAUGAACAUGCAGCAAAAUCCCUCUCUUGGUGGUUCGUCAAUGCAACCUGACUAUAUGCGCUCCCUAACGACCCCUGUAGUUCAAAAUAUGACUGCUGCUGAUCUUUCUCGUCAGUUGGGCUUCCCAGGGUCACAGGUCUUGCAGCAAAACUUGCAAUUUAAUGGACAUAGACAAUCUCAGCAACCACAAAACCUUGAUCAGCUUAAGAUGCCAAGUCCAUUGAACCAAAUGGGAUCAAUGAUGAGGCCACAACAGUCGCUCAAUGAGCUUAGUCAGCAGCAAAGGCAGGAUUUUGUUAACCAAACAAUUUCUUCAAAUCAAGUGCAGGCUCAACUAUUACAACCUCAGUUCCAGGUCCAACAGCAGCAGCAUCAGCAACAACAAAUGCUGAGCCACGGCCAGAGCAACCAAGCUCACACCAAUAACCUAGUCCAGAACCAGCAGCAGCAACAACAACAACAACAGCAUCAACAAUCUCAGCAGCAGCAGCAUCAACAACUACAACAACAACAACAGCUGCUGCUGCAGCAACAACAACAGCAGCUGCAGCAGCAGCAACAACAACAACAACAGAUGCAGCAACAACAGCUGCUGCAGCAGCAGCAGCAUCAACAACAACUUAAACAACAACCGCAGAGUCCCCCAUCAGUUCAGCUCCCUCACCAAGUAAGCCAACAGUUACAGAUGUCAGAACAUCAAAUUCAAUUGCAACUAUUGCAAAAGCUUCAGCAACAACAGCAAACACUUCUGUCUCAGCAGUCUACCCAACAACUUUCUCAACCAACCCAACUUGAUGAGCAGCAGAGGCAACAAUCCGAUUUACCUCAAAGUUUAUCCAACACGAAUUCAAUUUCUCAUCGACAGAUGGUCCAACAACAAAUGUUGAAGAACAAUAAUAUUCAACAAGGUAUUAGGUUUUCUCAUCUUCCCCAGCAACAUCAAGUACAGCAAAACCUUCAGCGACAAUCAUCAAGCACGCUUGCUGAAUUACCUGGCUUGGUACUUCCUACAGACCCAACGACUAAUCUCCUCCAAGCAACACAUAGUGAUUUAUUGGUUCCACCUGGUUGUGGGGUACAGUCUGGGGUUACAGAAGAUUUGCCAUCUUGCUCGACGUCACCUUCAACUAAUUGUUCUAAUGUAGCAGCUCAACCAAUCACAAGUAUUAGGUCUCACCACAGCAGCACUCCCAUUGCAGAAGAGGUGGCUCAAUCUUCGGCAACUCUUUUGAGCCCUGGGACAUUAGAAGCCAUGUCAACGAACCCAACAAGUAUUAAGGAGCAGCCACAGCAAAAGGCUGACAUCAAACCUACAUUACCUUUACCCAAGAGUCAGAACCAAGGGAUUGUUGGGUCUCAGACAUACUUAAAUCCCUUGUCCCAGUUGGAUUAUUUGGAAGCAUCUUCUUCAGCAACUUCGGUUUGUUUGUCGCAGAAUGAUGGAUCAUUACAACCAAACUUCCCUUUAUCACCUUUCAAUCCACAAUCGCUGCUAUUUAGAGACAGUAGUCAAGAUGUUGAUGAUCAUGUGGAUCCAAGAAAUAACGUUCUGUUUGGAGUUAACAUUGAUGGUCCACUGGGAAUACCAAUGACUCCUGAUACAUUUCUUGUGAAAGACAUGGAUCCAGUGAAAGAUUUUCAAAAUAAUCUAUGUUCAGAAAACAUGUUAACCAAUUAUGGGAACACCAAAGAUAUUCAACAGGAGCCAUCAUCCUCGAUAGUUUCUCAGUCGUUUGGUGUUCCAGAUAUGGCAUUCAAUUCAAUGGACUCUACCAUCACUGAUAGUGGUUUUCUGAGCAAAGGUCAAUGGGGGGCUCCAGCACCUCAGCUUCCUAGGCUGCGCACAUUCACCAAGGUAUACAAACGUGGCGCUGUUGGUCGAUCAAUAGAUAUUGCUCGUUAUUCGGGUUACGAAGAGCUUAAACAAGAUCUUGCACGUAGAUUUGGGAUAGAGGGACAACUUGAGGACCGUCAGAGAAUAGGCUGGAAACUCGUCUAUGUGGACCAUGAGAAUGAUGUCCUGCUAGUUGGAGAUGAUCCUUGGGAGGAAUUUGUAAUCUGUGUACGCUGCAUUAAGAUAUUGUCUCCACAAGAAGUACAACAAAUGAGCUUGGAUGGAGAUCUUGGGAACAGUAUGCUUUCAAAUCAGGCAUGCAGUAGCUCAGACGGGGGUAACCCAUGGAAGACGACUGGUCAGUAUGACCAAAAUUCUGGCAACCCUUCUGCUGGGUCGUAUGAUCACUAGUGAAUGAGGCUAGAGAUCAUUUCAAGAUAAUACUAUUACUUAGCCGAAAGAAGUUGAUUGCUUCAUUUAACCCUUCACAGCCAUGGUAUAUUAUGCGAUGAAUGUAGCUGAUAUCAGUGAGAGCUCUGCCACAAUUGCUACGAAGGUGCAGUGCAGUCUAACUUGAUCAGUUUCCGUUUGUUACAGUAAAAUUGUGAGUAGACCUCAUUUUGUAGAACAUUUACUAUUGUAUACGAAAAAUCUAGGAAUCAGAGUUCAGCAAAGCAGCUCUUGCGGAAGGAAAGUUUAAUUCUUUAGGAGUUGAUCACACGUGUUAAUAUUUGUAAUGGCAAAUCUACUUUUGAGUUGAAGAAAUUCCUCAAAUGUCAAGACUUGCUUUGUAAGUGGAUCGAUAUCUUUCCAAAGAACCACUUCUAAGAUAUGAGGCAAAAAUUCGAAAUUUGUAAGGAUCGUCUCCUUUUGAUAAAUGUAUAAAAAAUGUGUAGUUUUAUCA